GCCACUGACAGCCCGGGACUGUGAACACACCGCCACACGCACACCUACGGGACACAGGACUGCAGGAGCCGAGUCCUCACAGGACGAAGCGCUGCGGACUGAUUCACUCAAACUCUGUGUUUAGCAGCGGACUAGCCAGCGACCACAGCAGCGGGCUUGUUUUAACGGUUUCCUCACGCGGGGAGCCACCCAUCACUCCGCUCUGUCCGCGUCUGUUCGCCAGCCGGACACCAGAAACUGCUCUCCGGGACUCCGCUUUCCUCCUCCAGUUUUUCAGGAGGAAAACACUUCAUCAGUAAUUUGUGUGUUUGUGUAAAUAACUGUCCUUAAACAGCCAUAAAACGGGGACCAUGACGGGAGUGUAACGUUAAGGUGCUUGGUCGUUACUGGAGGCGAGGACACUUCUCACCAUGAACACGAACGGGCCUUACCAACACCCUGGCUAUCGGGGAGAAAGUGGCCAUGACCAAGCGUCCAUUGCCUGCUUUCGCUGCCGAGAGGUGUGCAAAGGAGAGGUGGUGCGGGUGCAGAACGUCCACUUCCAUGUCAAGUGCUUCACCUGCCAAGUGUGCGGCUGCGACCUGGCCCGCUCCGGCUUCUUCCAGAAGGGUGGAGAGUACAUCUGCACGGAGGACUACCAGCGCCUGUAUGGCACCAAGUGCGACAGCUGUGGAGAGUUUAUUACCGGGGAGGUGGUCUCGGCGCUGGGCCGCACCUACCACCCCAAGUGCUUCGUCUGCAGUAUCUGCAGGAAGCCGUUCCCCAUUGGAGACAGGGUGACCUUCUGCGGGAAGAAGUGUGUGUGUCAGCAGUGCUCACAUACACUCGUCAGCAGCAACGAGCCCGUCAAGAUCCACGGCCCCAGCCAUUGUGCGGGGUGUAAGGAGGAGAUAACUCACGGCCAGUCUCUGCUAGCUCUGGAGAAGCAGUGGCACGUCAGCUGCUUCAAGUGUCAAACCUGUGGCACAGUUCUGACAGGAGAGUACAUCAGCAAAGAUGGGAUUCCAUACUGUGAGUCAGAUUACCACAGUCAGUUCGGCAUCAGGUGUGAGACGUGCAACAAAUACAUCAGCGGAAGAGUGCUGGAGGCUGGUGGAAAGCAUUACCACCCCACCUGUGCACGUUGUGCUCGCUGUCACAUGAUGUUUGCUGAAGGAGAGGAGAUGUACCUGACAGGUUCAGAAGUGUGGCAUCCAAUGUGCAAGCAGGCUGCGAAGAUGGAGAGGAAGCUCAGGCUUAGACGCACCUCAGAGGCCUCCAUCUCCCCUCCUGGCUCCAGUAUAGGCUCUCCCAGCCGGGUGAUUUGUGCCAAAGUGGAGAAUGAGAUUCUCAAUUACAAGGAUUUGGCUGCGCUGCCUAAGAUAAAAGCUAUUUAUGACGUGCAGCGGCCCGAUCUCAUUCCUUAUGAGUCCUAUCACAGAUACUCCUCUGAUGACAGGCUAGAGCGCUACAGCUAUGGGGAGUCUUUGGGAACGCUCUCUCCGUAUUCUCAGGAUAUCUAUGACAGCUGGGACUUCAGGCACCGGCGGUCCUCCAGCCCAGGCUACAUUGACUCGCCGACGUACAGCCGUCAGGGCAUGUCUCCCACUGUGCCUCGCUCACCUCAGCUCUACUAUCGCUCCGGCACUGAGAGUGGCAGGAGCUCUCCCUAUUACACUCAGCUUGACGCCAGGUCCGGCACGCCCACCACCUACCAAGCACCCAAGCAUUUUCAUGUGCCAGCCACCGGGGAAUCCAACAUCUACAGAAAGCCACCCAUCUAUAAGAGACAUGAUGACUAUGAAAACAAAGCUAUGAAGAGUAAAACCAGUGAGGAUAUUCUUUCUUCCCCCUUUUCGUCAUACUCCCCAGACCACUAUCAGCACUCUGAGUCAGACUACUACCACUACUCCGGCUCUCCGAAAGUUUCUCGAGCUCGCAGGUUCUCCUCAGGAGGAGAGGAGGAUGGAUGCAGUCAGAGCAUUAACAGAAUCCAAGCUGGGAUUGGGCGGAUGAUCCUGAAGGAAGAAAUGAAGGCCAGGUCCUGUUCCUAUGACAACGACCCUUGGGCCAGUGCACGGAACUCUCGCAGUGGGAGUAAAGAGGCGCUGCACAAUCUGGGCUACAGUAACACAGUUAAUGGCUCUCCUAGAUCCCACUACAGCGCAGACAGUGAUUCCUUCAUCUCCAAAUCGGCCUCAUUGCCGGGAUACGGCAGGAACGGCCUAAACCGGCCUCACAGUGCUGACUUCUUCCACUAUGACAGCACCAAUGCAGUGAACUGGGGAUACAGAGAAUACAAGAUUUACCCAUAUCAGGAUCUGAUAGUCACUGUUCGAGGGCAUAACCAGCUCCCCAGUGACGUGGACAGGACAAGGUUAGAGAGACAUUUGUCCCCUGAAGAGUUCUACCAGGUCUUUAGGAUGACCAUAGCUGACUUUGACCGUCUGGCACUGUGGAAACAAAAUGAGCUGAAGAAACAGGUGAGGCUGUUCUAGAAGGAAAAGCUCUGGACUUUAACGUCAGGUACGCUGCACCAGGACCGAAGAGCACUGGACGACCAACUUGGUCUGAAGGAACUAAACGAUCUGGCUUGGAGUUUGGUACAGAGUGGAAGUGGACGGUCUGGAGACAUUAGCCCUUCUGUGGUGGACUGAUCCACAACUUUGAAUGAGAAGAAAGAACACCAGAGAGAUGCCUGAUAAUGUCUGUGUGCAGUUUGUUUCUUUCAGGCUCUGCGCCUCCAACCACAGCCUAUGUGACUGAACUUCAGGUUACACUAAUAUAAGAACUGUAUGAACAUUGCCUUAUGAUGAUGAAACGGUUAGGUUAACACCAGCAGCUGUGCGGAGAUGAUGGACAGAACGCAGGUGAGCUUGUUUGAUUAGAGUUUAGACUGUAUAUCUUUUUAGAAAACGAGAUUGUGGUGAAGAGUUGCUGCUGUGUUGAAUGUCAGUUGUAUUGAGUUGAUUGCUGUCACUUCUGAAGGAGUGUUCUGUAUGUUGCAAAACCAAAGUGAUUUUCUUUUUCUAGUACAUACUGAAGUGUGCCAUACUUACCUUUUUGAGAGGUCGGUGCAGUUGAAAGGGAAUUCCACCGAUUUUCCAUAAUGUCUACAUAAUUUAAUCAAUGAGAUUAAACAGAGGAAUUCAGAGUGGUUUGAUGUGAAAUCUAACAACUCAGAUUUCUUAACAGUGGUGGUAAUGGGAAGGUCUACAACACAAUCAUAGCCAUUUUAUUCACUAAUCUAAAACAACCAGUGAACCUACUUGUCUUCUAAUUUUUUUUUUUUAUAUGUAAUGCUGACCAUAUGUGAUGAAGGUAAAAUAGAAGUAAAACUAAAAAAUGUACCACUCUGUCAAGAAUGGGUUAUAAAAAUAUGUUUAAGGCCAAAACCAUAUCUCAAAACUACUGUAAAACAUCUUGGGCAUCAGGAAAAACAAUUCACAACCAUCUCAUAACUUUCUGUGAGGGAGCUUUUAGAGGCAUUAAACUCUUCCGUCAUCACCACUGUGAUCAAGUCUGAUUCGGUAAGUUCCUCUAGAACAGAGCGUUUCACAUCAGACCACUCUAGACACAUCUUAACCAUUCAAUU